AGAGAUGAAAGAGAGCUAAAGAAUAGUAGUGGUGAAGAAAAACCAGCGUGCGUCAAUUGCUUGCGUCAAGGCGACAUUUGUGAUUACAGCGUACGCCUCAACUGGGAAGGACGCACAAAACGCAAGGCUAUCGAGCCAUCGACCCCCGGCUCGAGUUCAGGCAUGCUAAUGUUCUCGGCCAACCUGCCCCAAGCUCCUCCGAGCAUGGCCUCGCCCUCACCCUCCGAUUGGCAAGCCUCGACCGCAUUUCCGAAUUUCGUUCAAAGCGACUGGACUGUUGGUGCAUCGAGCCCUCAUGCGUCCAGUCCAGGGAAUUCUCGGGUUGUGCGCAUGACUCCUGUUUCGCCGUCGUCGGCGCUCGCGAAUUCUCCACGAAGCCAGGGUACUGUCGAUAACUUCGCGUCUCUGGAAUCCCCGGCUUCAUCGGUUGCGAUAGAACAGGCCAUGUCUCCCCAAGGGUUCCCUGCAUCCUUCACCGUGAAUGAUAGUAGCCUGCAGCGCUCUCAUGGCUUGCAAUUUUCCGAUUCGUCCGACUACGCAUCUAUUGGGCCUGGCUUCACUUACCUUCCGUCCUUUGGGUUCGAGAACAAUUCGAUAUCUCAGCCGACAUCCUUUAUGCGUGAAACUUUUCCGUUGGCUGAUAUCUCAACACAACCUUCCCCAUCAAAUCAGAGUGACCUGCACAAAACUAAACGUCAUAGACACAAUGAUCAAACCUCACCCGCAAUGGCUAAUUCUCGCCCUUCCAUUGCAGGCUUGGUUUCGAUGCCCGUCGGUGAAACAGUGCGCCAUGUAUCUUUGCGAUCAUUGCUUUCGCAAUCUGCAGGAACAGCCUCAGCUCUAGAAGGCAACGAUAGUACAGCGGAUAGACAGGUGAUAGUCAGUGCCCACGAGCUAAACUUUGGUUUCGACUGCGGCAACCCAGACUACGACCUAAAUAAAAACAUCGACUCCGAGGCCAUCGAACCCAUCACCCCACCAGAAGACGUGUUUGCAAAUGACGAGCCGGAUAGCAGCAGUCCCGUAUCAACAGGACAACCCACUCCGUCGGGCUCAUUUCGUGUUCGACGAAGGUCGUCGUUUACGACUGGCGGAGGUUACUAUGUCACACCAGUGCGGGUCAAGAUUCCUCGGUGGAUGACCCCGUUGCCAUCAACGCUGCUGGAGAAUCCGGUGAAUCUGAUGUAUUUUCAUCAUUUUAUCGACCAUACUGCCCGGAUUCUUGUCCCGCAUGACUGUGACGAGAAUGCUUUUCUUAAAGUCUUGCCUGCUAUGGCUAUUGCGGAUUCAAAUCUACUUAAUCUAAUGCUGGCCUACUCGGCGAGCCAUCGAGCCCGCUUUCUACGUCACCCAGAACCGUCUAAUCGAAUUGCGCACUGGGUGCGAGAUGUGUUUCCUACGCUACGCUAUGCCUUGAAUGAGCCCGAUGAAAAAGUUACCCACAGCCACUUGGCGACUGCGAUCAUGCUGCUGUCUCUCAAAAUAGUGUCACCCAGCACUUUUGAAGUUCCCAUUACGUGGCAGACCCAUUUGAAACUCGCCCGGGAUUUGUUUGUUGCUUGCGGCGUUCAUCACCAAGCCCGUCCGGAGAAUAAAGAGGCUUACUUUCUUGCCCACUGGUUUGGUUAUCUCGAUAUCGUCGGCAGUCUAUCGUGUCGACGUAGCGGAGCUCCCUUGCUUCAGACUACUUACUGGUCAGCCACAGCGUCCAACAACCUCGAUCGGACCGAAGAUGAUUCUAGCAUCGACGACGAAAAUUACCGUGUUGACUGUUUCGCCGGGUUCACGCCUCGCACUGGUGCACACUUGGCACGCCUGGGCCACUUGACCUAUCGAUGCGACAGCGAACGAUUCAACGAGGUCGACGAUUUCCUGCCUCACUGGACUCCGUCUCAGGACAUCGUCGAAGCUGCCCAGUCCCUGCUGGAAGACAUGGAACACAGUCGACUGCGCGGCCAUGCAAUGGGUACCCACCACAGCGACCUGGAAAACGACGAGAUGAUCGCAAUCGACCAGGCUUUCCACUGGUCUGCCAUUCUUCACAUCCACCGCCGUGUUCUGGCAAAGAACGAAUUCAGUGCGGAGAUACAAGAAGCCGUCGACCAUUUGUGCAACGCGAUUGCGCGCAUCCGCCCUGGAAGCUCCACCGAGUGUUCUGUGCUGUUUCCUCUGUUCACGGCGGGCUGUGAGGUACGGGAUCCCGAACAGCGUUUGGAAAUCAUGACGCGGGUGAUGAAUUUCGAAGCCGAGGGUCUCAAACAGUUCAACAAUGCGCGGACGUUGAUGCAGCGGUGCUGGGAGCAGGAUUUGCCAUGGAUCGCGUUGGCGCAGGGAGAGUUCUUGGGCUAG